GUCAGGACUCGUUUCUUGUUCAAGAAAACGGUCGGUUGCUUCUGAUAAGCCCUCUCUGUCUGCGCGGUAUCAGCCAUGUUGGUGGAAAAGAGGGCACGGAAGUGACGUCACGAUUCAAGUCGCACGUGUUUGUUCAGCCGUGCCAUAAUUUGAUGGCGAUAUAUAGGGUGCUUAUGUACGGUGGCCUUGGUGCUUUGUUUAUUUCCAUUGUUGUCCCAUAUAUCUUCUUUGGAUCUAAAGCAAGGAGCAAAUACCACCAUCCAGCUGAGAAGGAAGAUAUUAAAUUUCCAAGCAGUAAUUUACCCCCAAACUUUGGUUCGAAGCAUGCAGAAACUCGAACACAAAGACAAGGUUGGGCUUCCACUCUCGCACCAGUGUACACUGUUAUUGUUCUUAUUUAUAUUUCAUAUGUGAUGUACAAGAUAACUACACGGAAGAAACGUUCUCCUUAUGGAACUGAAGGUUCAAAUAAGAAAGCAACUAUUUUAUGGAAAAAAGGGAACCAGAAGACAAAAAUAACUCAGUACGAGUUGAAUCAACUUGAGAAGAAACUUCUUGAAUCGGAAGAAGCUGUUGAGAAGAUCUUAAAGAAAGCAAAUGAUGUCAUUACUGCUGCGUUUGAACAAGCAGAGGCAGAAAGUAUAACAAGUUCCGACUCUGAUGAUGGUGGUGAUGUAGUUGAAAGGAUCUCGAGCACGGAAUCUCAGAAAGAGUCCUCCCAAUCUGAUGAGGAGGAACACUCGCAUCAGCAAUCCUGGAUGUUGGAAGAAUUGACUACAGAGGAGAGAAGAAGAGUUUUGGACGACAUCAAUUCAGAAGUUUCUUCUGAAGAGAAUACUGAAGAUAAAAAAUUGAUCAAAGUAAAAAAUCUUGGUAAAACUUCAAAGGAUUGCAAUUCCUGCUCCGAAAGAUCAAGCGAGGACUUGUAUCUUCCGGAUGAAGAAUGCUCGUCAUCUUUAUCUUCUUCAGACGGCGAAGAGUUUGUUCAAUUUGAAAAAGAAAAUCUUGUGACUGAAAUUAAGGAAUCGUAAAACUAAUGGCAUGAUUAUGACAUAAUCAAUUGGAAUUGUGUUCAUAUAAAGUUUUUUACGACGCAAACUUUUUUACAAAUUCAAUUGAAGCAGUUUGUAUAAAUUGUAUAUGUAAAGUACUAUGGGGUAAGAUGGUUACUGUUAGCAAAGGAUAUCUCGAAUAUCCUAAUUGUGUUUUUAACAAUUAACAACACUCCUUUACAGUCAGGAGGAUACGGUUAUAUUAUUCGAUUAAUAUUUUUGUUUAGUACCAAAUGGGACAAUUAAAGAAACAAAACAAUGACCAUCUUACGCCAAAAUACUAUAUAACAAAAGUUGUUAUUAAAAAUAUUUGUUGUAUCUUGUUAUUUAUAUCAAUGCUGUGGUAAAUAUUUAAAUGUCAUUUUUAUUAAGUGUUGUUGCAUUGCAAUUGAAAUGUUGUUGUAUUUGUGCAAAAAUGCUGUGUUUUGUAUGCUUAUGUUUUAAUAUUAAGAGCUGCUAAAACUUUCAAUGAAUAAUUUUGCAUGGUAAGGUAGCGACAGUCGUCAGAACACGAGUGUUCAGUUUUAACUCUUUAUUAGUUACCACGUAUGUGACCGUGUGGCAAUUAAUUUUUUAGAUAUUGAAUAAAUGAAUGUAACUUA